UAAUUACCGAGGACAGCUCGAGGAACUGGGUCGAGCCGCCGAGUAAAUUUCACAAAAAGCAACAUGGACGAAUUGGCGGAUCUUCGGCACAUGUUAUUGAGUUUUCGCGUAUCGGAACUUCAAUCAUUACUCGGUUUUGCGGGACGGUCAAAGUCGGGAAGAAAGCAUGAACUUAUGGGUCGGGCCCUUCAAAUGUUGAAAAGCGACGGAAACAACCCUGUAAGAAAGAAAUUACGGGAGUUAUACGAGAGACGAUGUCCUCGGAAAGUUGUUGUGCCUCAACCUCAACCUCGAGCUGUCAUACCUCAACCAGUUCAACGUCCUUCGGCAAUCAAUUCAGACACAACCGGCGUUCCUGUUCAUCCGGAUGUUCGACUUUCUCAUUUGCCUUUCUUUGAACACAUUGACGAUUUAGUGAGACCAACAAGCUUAGUUCCUCGCGGAAUGUCACAGUUUCAAGAAGCUUAUGUCAUGUUCCAUUUUACUCCAAGCCAAGUUCAACUUAUAAGUAAUUCAGGGGAUACACGGCCAAAUUAUAGAAAUGAAUUUACAGUACAAGUCCAAUUAAGAUUUUGUUUAUUUGAAACAAGUUGUGAACAAGAGGACAAUUUUCCUUCUUCUCUUUGUAUCAAAGUUAAUGGAAAAAUAUGCCCUUUAACAGGGAACACGUCACAACACUGCAAUCCUAAUACUGAAUCAAAAAGGCCUAGUAAGCCAGUCAAUAUAACUCCAUUGUGUAGGUUGUCACCAACUGUAGCCAAUCACAUUCACAUUACCUGGACUCCAAAAUAUGGGCAGAGACAUGUGGUAACAGCAAAACUAGUUAGAGCUGUCACAUCAAGUUGUUUAAUACAGAGAUUGAAGGCACAUGGCUACAGAAACCCUGAUCAUUCAAGAGCAUUGAUCAAGGAAAAGUUGGCCCAUGACCCAGACAGUGAAGUAGCCACCACAAGUCUACGAGUCUCACUUCUCUGCCCACUUGGCAAGACACGGAUGACCCUUCCCUGUAGGGCCAUCACUUGCAACCAUUUACAGUGCUUUGAUGCAGCCUUGUAUUUGCAAAUGAAUGAAAGGAAAACAACAUGGAUUUGUCCAGUCUGUGAUCAGAAGGCAACAUUUGGAAAACUUGUAUUGGACGGAUUGUUUAAGGAGAUUCUAGAAGCAGCUGCAAAUUGUAAUGAGAUUUCAUUUCACGAGGAUGGUUCGUGGAGGCCAAUAAAUGACUUGCAAGAACAAGAAAGCAAAAAAGCUCUGAGUGCUCUGGUAGCCACUACAGUUUUAUCAACACCAGACAGAAGUGUAACCUCCAGCAAACAACAUCUCCAAGCAGAGGCUCGGGAUGAUGAAAGGAAGAAAGAAAAAGAAGUUCAAGUUAUUGACCUCACUUUAGACAGUGAUUCAGAAAGUGAUAGGAAUGACGAUGAUGAUAAUGACAACAGUGAAGAGUAUUCUGAAGAGCGGGACUUAAACACACCAAGGCCAUCUUUUGGUGUUGGUGUAUCAGGAAUAAAGAGACCGCCCAGCCUGAACACUAUGGUGUUUCCUACUAAUACCAACACUAUACCUGGAUCAUCAGCUUCAUCACUUUUGAAUCCAAAUUUCUUUCCUUCUCCGCUGGACUUUGCAUGUCAAGGACUUGAUCUCGAUAGCAUAUAUCCAGGUCCUCUUUUCCCUCCUAAUGAACCUUAUGCUGCAAUGUAUGGACUUCUUGGUCCUCACGGAUCAUCAAAUGUCAUUCAGCUGGAUUAAAAUCGGCAUACCGUAGAAGGAGUAGAAAGAAAAGAGAAAAGAUCAUCUUCUACAACUGUCCAUUCUAGCAAGAGAGUGGAAAGAGAACCAGUUUAUGUACAUAGAUAAACCUGGAAAGUGUUCGAUAAAAAGAUGAGCGGUGCCAAUCUCAGAAUGCCAUCUAUCUUCUUAUCUCGGUCCUGUCAUGCGUGGUCCAUUGUUAUCUUCUCGUGGCAAUAGCACACCGUAACAAAGACGAUACCGCCACCAAUUCUCGCUCUAUCCCCAUCUCAGUGCUUCUCUGAUUGUUUACCGUGUAGUCUUCAGCAGCAGGUUUUGAAUUGCAUUCAUUGUUACUUUGGUGGCUCACUGGAUAUUAUCGCGUAAGAACAAUAGCCAAAGUUGCACCUGCCACCAAGUAACAAACGUUUUACAACACUAUAAGAACUUGAUGACUAAAACAGUUAUCAUAUGGCCAGAAAUGCUUUGGAGAACCAUCAAAAACCUGGGCCAAAAUCUGUUUAGGUUCAACCUUCCGGUAAAGUUGAAAAAUUCAAAUCUGAUUGGUCCAAAAUACAUGUUCGUACCAAGUUGUCGCGAAGUUAAAGCAAGUACUGGGAGUUUUUGCUUCUUGGGGUAGGGGUGCGGCGAGGAAUG